AUGGACCAGCAGCUGAAGUAAAGGGAAAAGACACUUGGCCAGAAAGGCCUGGGUAGAAGAGCUGUCCAUGGGGACAACUCACCACCAGUCCAGCAGGAACCUCCUGACACGACGUGGACCUUACGUGAUGAGAAUAUGUGCUCUGAGACUAGCUUUCAGGUUGUUGAAGAGGAUUCCUUCUCUGACUGUUACAUAGAAUGCAUAAUAAGAGGUGAGUUUUCUGAACCUAUCACGGAAGAGGACUCACUUCUUAAGUCCUCUGACUGUCUGAAAGAAGGACCAGAACAAGAGCUUUCUCAACAGGUUCUUAUGGUAAGCUCACUUCUUGAAUGUUCCUUGGAAUACAUGAAAAAGGGUGCAAAACAAGAACUUCCUCAACAGAUUGUUGGAGAGAAUUCGCUUGUUGAGUUUUCUGAGUACAUGACAGGCAAGAAGCUUCCUCCUGGAGGUAUACCCAGCACUGACUUUUCAGAUCCUAAACAGCUCACAGAAUGUACUACAAUGAAGCCAAGUACAAAUAAAGAAUAUGGUACUCCAGAAAAAAUUGUUUGUCCUGAGAACGGAUGCAUAAGAGAGUCCAAGAAUAGGGCAUCCCUGAGAAAGCAUCUCAGAGUUCAUAGUCCCCAGGAUCAUGUAUGUGCAGAAUGUGGGAAAGCCUUCAAAGAGAGUGCAAAACUAAAAAGAUAUUUUCUGGUUCAUAUUGGAGAGAAGCCAUUUCCGUGCACUUUUGAAGGGUGUGGAAAACGAUUUUUCCUGUCUUUUUAUUUGUGUACACAUGUGCGCAUUCACACUGGGGAGAAACAUUUUGUGUGUCCCUUUGAAGGCUGUCGCAAGAAGUUUAUUCAAUCAAAUAACAUGAAGGCUCGCCUUUUAACUCAUGCAAAGGCCAAAAUAAGUCAGUGA